AUGUUUUUCAACAUGGGUGGCAUGGGCGGAAGCCGGGGAGGAGGCGGACCCGCCGACACAAAACUUUACGACCUUCUCAACGUCGGCCCAUCAGCGUCUGAUGAUGAAAUUAAAAAGUCCUACAAAAAGCUAGCCCGCGAGUACCACCCCGACAAAAAUCCGGACCAUGGUGACAAGUUCAAAGAGAUUUCCUUCGCCUACGAAGUGUUGUCAAACCCGGAGCGAAGGCGGAUGUACGACCAAGUCGGAUUGGAAGGGAUGAAAGAAGGUGGCGGAGGUGGUUUCGGCGGCAGUGACCUCUUCUCGCAUCUCUUCGGCGACGAUGGUGGCCAUCCGUUUUCAUCAUUUUUCGGCGGCAUGGGUGGUGGUGGCCAGCGGCGUCGGCGACAGGCUAAGCCAACCGUCCAUCAUCUCGGCGUCACCCUAGAAGAUAUCUACAAGGGCAAGACGGCCAAGUUGAAAUUGAGCAACUCGGUGCUGUGCACAACUUGUAGGGGAUCCGGAGGCCGUGCUGGUGCCCAAUACACGUGCUCUGGCUGCAAGGGUCGAGGAGCAAAGAUGCGCAUGCGUCAGAUUGGCCCAGGAAUGAUCCAGCAGAUGCAGGUGGCCUGCGACGAAUGUGGAGGAGAAGGCUCCAAGGUCCCGGCAAGCGAAAAGUGUGGCCCGUGCAGCGGUGAGAAGUACCAGAAGAUUCAGAAAGUGCUGGAGGUGCACGUGGAGAAGGGCAUGCGCCAUGGCGAGCAAAUCGUCUUCCACGGCCAGGGUGACCAGGUUGAUCCCGAUGUCGAACCGGGUGAUGUGGUCAUUGUGCUCAACGUCAAGGAUCAUGCCAACUUCCGUCGUAACGGCGAUAACUUGUACAUGACAAAAGAAAUCACGCUGAACGAGGCGUUGGCCGGCUACUCGAUCCCGAUCACCCACCUCGACGGUCGCAAGAUUGUGCUCAAGUCGCGUGCAGGAGAAAUUAUCCGUCCAGAUGACGUGCGUGGGGUGAUUGGUGAGGGUAUGCCGAAACGACGCCACCACGAAAUCAAGGGCACGCUGUUCGUGAAGUUUGAAGUGAAGUUCCCCGCACCUCACUUCCUUGACGACGAGAAGAAAUACCAGCUGCUCGCCCAGUGCUUCCCGGCCCCGAAGAAGCAGCCACCGCCGACGGGUGACUUUGAAGAAGUGUCCCUCUACGAAUAUGACGAGAAGAAGUAUGGUGGAGGACGAGGACGUGGCGAGGCCUAUGCCGAGGAGAGCGAUUCGGACGAAGGCGGCCACGGCGGACACCCGGGCGUGCAGUGCGCCCAGUCG